AUGGACUACUCCUACCUGAACCAAGCCACCUUCGAUUCCAGCUGCUUACAAGGUGCUACCAUGGACCCCACGGGACUGGGCAACAUGCCUUGCAGCUACGGAGAUCUGACCUCGUGCAGCCAGAUGUCGCAGGCUGCGUAUAGGUACACGGCUGCUGCCGCCUCGAUGGCGAGGGGCUACAAUCCUGGGGCUGCGGGGCCCAUGGGGGUGCACCAUGGGGGGGCCGGCGGGGGGCAGUGUGCUGUUAUGGGGGCCAGGCCGCACGUGCAGGACGUCCACAGAGCCAGCAUGUUUCCGGCGACGAUGAAUUUGCAAAGCGGUCUUCCGUACAAAGUCUAUCCAGGACAUGACGGUGUUCUCACUGAAAAAAGAAAACAAAGGAGAAUACGAACUACUUUCACAUCUGCCCAGCUGAAAGAACUGGAAAGAGCCUUCCAGGAAACUCACUAUCCGGACAUUUACACCAGGGAAGAGAUCGCUAUGAAAAUUGAUCUUACGGAAGCCAGAGUACAAAUGAGCAAAACGUGUUUGAUCAUGUAUGAAGCAUUCGAGAUUAUAACUAGUAUUAUAUCAUACGCACCUGAUACUCGCUCUUCAUGA